AAUUGUAAUAGUGAGGUGAUCUGUAGGGCAUUGAGUUUCGGAGGGAUUUUGUGUUCUCUGUGGUGCACUACUGCAUGCAAUAAUGCCUGAAAAGCACACUGAGAAGGAGAGCGGCGAGCUGCUGCCGCGCUGCUCCGAGUGCACGCGCCGCUGCCGGUCCCGGCAGCACGCCGACCUCGUGAGCGCGGCCAUCACGCAGGCGGACGACGAGCCGCUCAUAUCGUACCUGAGCUGGGUGUGCCACGCUGCCGCCACGGGCACCGACUCGGCCGGCCGCACACCGCUGCACGUGGCAGCCUCCUGCGGACGGACCCAGCUGGUGGAGUGGCUGGUGCGCGUGCGCGGCGUCCCCCUGGACACCAAGGAUGCCGAGUCGGGGAUGACCGCCCUGCAGAGGGCUGUGUUCUACGGACAGCUGGGAACCGUGCGCACGCUGCUCUCGCUGGGCGCCAGCGCUCUGACGCAGGACCACGCCGAUAUGACAACCUACGACGGCGUGCACGCCGACCGUCCGCCGCUGGUCGAGCUAACGCCCAGCGCGCCCUGCGAACCGUACGUGUGGGGUGCCAACCCGUGGUUCAGUAUCGGAGUGGAGCGCAUCAAGGCCCGCCCGGUGCCCGAGCCGCUGGAUGUGUUCCGCCGCGCCGGUCUCUGGAUCAGACAGAUCGCCAUGAGCAAGUUCCACACGGUGUUUGUGACGCAGAGCGGCGAGGUGUUCAGCUGCGGUCACGGUAUCGGCGGCCGGCUGGGACACGGGGACGAGGAGUCGGUGAUGGCGCCGCGGCCGGUGCGCGCCCUGCGCGGCGAGCGCUGCGUCCAGGCGGCCGUCUCCGCCGAGCACACGGUACUGCUGACGGAAAGUGGAGGUGUGUGGACGUGCGGUCUGAACCACGCCUGCCAGCUGGGCCACUCGCCGCCGCCCGCGCAGCUGACGGCGCCGCGACUGGUCGACUGGAGCCGCGGACGGCGCGACCGUAUUACUGGCGUCUGCGCUUCCAGGUACCACACCGUGCUCUGGAACUCUGAGGCCCUCUACUGCGUGGGACUGAACGGCGGACAGCUGGGGCAGCACAAGGACGAGAACGCCGACAAGCGGUUCAUCCUGCCGCGCAAGGUCACCAUGCUGGACCGGUCGCCGGCCUCCUCCGUGUCGGGCGGCGGCGCGCUGCGCCUGACACACGUGGCGUGCAGUGACGGCGGCACGGCGGCAGCCACGGCGGCCGGGGACGUACUGCUGCUCUCCGAGUACCGCUGCCGACGGAUCGCCUCUCGACUGCUGAACGUGCGUGCCCUGCGGCUGGCCGGCGGCGCGCCCGACCCGGGCUCACUGCCGGCCGGCCGCGGCGCCGAGUCGCGCCCCGAACCGCUCCGACUGCUGGUCAUCACAGCGGCCGGCCAGCUGCUGCUCUGGCACCAGCAGUGGCCCACGCUCACCAGGUGCGUGCCGGACCUGCGGCGCGGGCUGAGUGUGGCGGACGCCGAGCUCGACCGGCACGGGCUCAUCCUGCUGGCGGAGUCGGGUCAGGCGUUCACGGCUACAGUCACACACGGAAAGGAGGCACCCGCGCCCGCGGCCGCGGCGACCGUCACACACAGCAGGGUGGUGCCCGGUCACACGGCCGGUGCUGAACGCGACCGGCACUCGCCGCCCAAACAGGCUACCAAAGGUGACAGCCGCCCGAAGCCGGCCGGGAGCGCGGGUGGCGUGCCCACGGCCCGCCUCCACCUGACUCGUCUGCCGCACAUCCACCGAGGUGUGAGCGUCACCUGUGACGGCACCGGCGGCAGUGCGGCUGCCGUCCAGUGCGACCCGCGCGCCUUCCUGCUCGAGGUGCCCCAGGUGUCGCCUUCCCAGCUGCGCCGUGACCUGGGUCGUCUCCUCAGCUCUGCCGACGAAACCGACUCCAUCCACGAUCUGGUGCUACUGGCGGGCCACGAGCGUUUUCCGUGUCACAAGUUCAUCCUGGCGAGUGGCUCGAGCUACUUCAGCCAGCAGUUUGCCAGCGUCGAGUCCGGUGACUUGACCACCCACCGAGUGGACGGCGUGCCAGCGGCCGCGCUGCGCCAGGUGCUUCAGUUCCUGUACAUGGGAACCUGCGACCUAAUGCGGCCCGGACCCACCGACUUCAGACUGGAGCCGACUGACCCGGGCACGGGGCCGGGGUCACGACCUCAGCAGCAGCACAAGUCGGACAAGAAGGCGGCCGGGAAGGCGCGGCCGCCCCAGCCGCUGCAGGUGGUCCGGGAGGCGGCUCGGCGACUGGGGGUGCCGGCGAUGCUGACCAAACUGGACGGGGUCCGUCUGACGGCCGGUCGUAUCGAGCUGGCCCGCGGAGCCGACAUUAGCCCGGCGCCGCUGCGGCUCGACCCGGCCGCUCCGCCCGGCCUCAGCGACGUGUCCGUGGUGGGCACGGAUGGCGCCGCCGUCCCCUGUCAUAAAUGUGUUCUGGCCGCCCGGCUCGAGUACUUCAACAUGAUGCUGUCCAGCACCUGGGCGGAGAGCCGGUCGUCUGAGCCAGUCCGUCUCUCGGUCCCCGGCGCGGUACUGGCCCUCCUGCUGCGCUACUGCUACACAGACGAGGCUCUGCUCCAGCCGGAAGAUUCUGAACAGCUGCAGACUGAUGACCUGGAGCUGCUCUGUGGCCUGCUGGCCGCUGCCGACCACAUGCUGGCCGACCGGCUCAAACACAUCUGUGAGGUGGCGCUGUCCCGGCAGCUGACUCUGAAGAACGCCGUGGAAAUACUCGAGUUCAGCUCUCUAUAUGGCGCCGAGCAGCUACAGGCGGCCUGCAGUCAGUUCAUCUGCCUGAACCUGGCAGCCCUCAUGGAAAACAGGACGCUGGAGCAGGCGUCUGACGAGGCGCUGGAGCAGCUGGGCCGCUACUACCGCCGGGAGAACCCGGCCGUGUCACGCCGCCGGCUGACACCCUCAGACGGGCCGCCCGGCAAAGGGCUGAUCGCCGCCGUGCACCGGGCGUAUCCCGUGUCUCCGGACGACCCGGCGCCGGAGCCCGCGGAAGAGGAGGUGCGGUCGCGGCCGCCGCCCCGGCGCCGUCCCAGCGGCCGCCGCUCGUCGGGCCCGUCACGCGGCCCCGGCGCCGAGUCGCAGCGACAGCGGGCCGUCUCCAGCUCGUCGGUGAUAUCCCUAACCGCCUCAGAGGCGGCCAGUGAGGACGGCGACACGCUGCCCGAGCUGAACGGUGCCGACAUCCCAUCCAGCCCGGUACCCGAGUUCACCCUGGUCACCCGGAGGCGACACCCGGAGCGCACCGUCGAUCAGCCCCCACCUCCGGCCGAAACGGCCGCCGAACAGCGCUACAUACCCGGGAUGACGCCUCGUCCGCAGCCGGCGCGCGCAGCCCCGCCGGACCCUCCGCGGGAGGACCCGGUAUCCCCGCGAGAGGACCCGGGAUCCCCGCGAGAGGACCCGGGAUCUCCACACAAAGACCCGACCACGCCGCCGUCCGAGGCGUUCCCUGCUCUGGGCUGUGAGGUGACCAGGACCGCUGCCGGGCCCAGUCCAGCCUCCGGCGGUGACCGACCCGCCGAGGGCAGGCGCUCCAGCACCAAAAAGGGCCGCCGCGGCCGACCGCUGGCUCUGGACGGGUCUCCUAUGGCCCCCGCUGCGGCACCAGUCACUCCAGUCAGGACGGAGACACCCCGUCGACCCGCCUGGUCUGCCGGCGCCGCCAAUAAACCUGCCUGGACUGCCGGAACUACCAACGGCACGGACCCGUCGGCGGCUGCCUCCCUGGCCGACAUAAUGGCCGAGCAGCGGCGGGUGUCGGCGGCGACUCGCCCGGAGCCGGCCGCCGCGCCGGUGCCGGUACCGGUGCCGGCUCCGGCCGCCCGGCCGCGGCUCCGCUCCAGCGGGGAGGGCGGCGUCUGGGGCGGCGCGCCUGCCUCCCCGUCUCUGGCGUCUCCGCCGCCGCUGGCCACCAGUCCACCGGAGCCGGCUUCCCUGGACGACAUCAUCCGUCAGGAGCAGCAGCGCAUCGAGAGCAGGCAGAUCAUGCGCGACAAGUCGCUGGCGCUGAUCCAGAUCGAGGAGCGUGCCAUUCAGGAGCUGCUGGAGCUGUACGGCGCGGCCGACAGCGGCACGGUGCGAGUCACCGUGUGUCGGGAGCAGGCGGACACGGCCGAGCCGCGUUGGUGCCGCCAGACGUCCACACGGUGACGAGGAGAGGUUCAGUGGGCUGCCAGAGGAGACCUAUGGCAGCCCACGGCCCGGCCCAGCGCCAAACCUGGUCAGAGCUCAGUGUUCAGAGCCCCAGGCGUCCACACGGUGACGAGAAGAGGUUCAGUGGGCUGCCAGAGGAGACCUAUGGCAGCCAGCCCACGGCCCGGCCCAGUGCCAAACCUGGUCAGAGUUCAGUGUUCAGAGGCCCAGGCGUCCACACGGUGACGAGAAGAGGUUCAGUGGGCUGCCAGAGGAGACCUAUGGCAGUCCACGGCCCGGCCCAGCGCCAAACCUGGUCAGAGCUCAGUGUUCAGAGGCCCAGGCGUCCACACGGUGACGAGGAGAUCCGAGCCGUCCUAUGUCAACCCGCGAUCAGUGGGCAGAAGCCAGUGGUCAGUGGUCCGCCGGUCAUUGCCGACCCAACCCAGCCAUGGUCAGUGGUCAGUGGGCAGAGACCAGUGGUCAGUGGGCAGAGACCAGUGGUCAGUGGUCAAGAUGUCUACCCGGUGCCAGGAAUCUGACCCGGCCGUGGUCAGUGGCUAGUGGUCAGAGGCCCACCCGGCGACAUUGACGGCAUACCGGGGAGACUCUGCUUCUGGGCUCCAUCCCGCGCUAUACGGACAAACUGUGAUGCCGGGCUCUUCCACUCUAGGAUUGAUGCCACACCAAAAUGGACAACUGUGAUGUCGGGAGGGGUUCAGUCGCGUUGAGCAUCACUGGGUGAUAUCUUUCGUACGCUAGAUGUUUCAAUGAUGCCGAAAGGUCUGUAUUGUAGAUUAACCUGCUUCAUGCUGGCUGGCGAUUGUUGAAAAAUCCGUCGCGGUUUUUAAAAGUUGUUUUUGAAGAAAAACUGCUUUGGAUAGGGUGAACACCGAACAGUCGGUAAGUAAGGAACCCUGCUUAAGCGCUUAUUAUGAGACAGCCAGCAAUCUCCAUUCGUGCGUGUUUAACGUCUAAUUAUCUCACGAAAUAUCCUUGUAGCGAAUCAAAAUUAGGACUCACGACAGUGACAUUAGUUCUUUUUUGCACAAAUUAUCCAUCGCCAUCUGCCACUUGCUAUGUGACACGUGUCGUGAGAGCAGAGUUCAAAAGAGGAGCACAGACCUCUGUCCAGCAGGGAUGGAAAGCCAUGACGCGCAGCGUGGUGCGUGUGUUUUGUGCAAUGCUCUGAGCGGGGAUGGGCGUCCAGUAGACAAUAUGCUGAUUUUAGGCUAUAGUUUGAUCUGUUUGUUGUUACGCUGUUGAUUGUUAAAUGUAUGUGACGGCUGUGGUCACCUCUGUGACAUGUUUAACUGGUUCUCCAAUGUCCACCCAUUUGACGUGUUAGCGGUCGGUGCACCGUGCUUGAGCGUGAUGUCGAAAUUCGACGAACGUACCGUCUUGGUGCCGGUUUGUCAACAAUCGACAUUGCCGGCGGUCGGUACGUCGGUAUGCUGGCGGUAGGCAUGCCUGCUUUGGUGUCUGUAUGUCAUUAAGUCGACAUUCGACAUAUUUGCUGUCCUGGUGGCGGUGUGUUCGUGUGUCGAUAUGUCGGACAGUCCGACAGUCGAUGUGUCGAAAUGCCGGCUGUCGGUGUGUCGGUUAUUGGCAUGCAGUCUUAGUGUCCGUCGCCGCGGCUCGGCUAGCGGCCGGUGCAGUGUCUGCGUGUGCCGUGUCUGUCACCACGUGCACCCUGGCUGCAGUCAGCACAUGUCAACACUGUCUGCGCAGUGUCUGCCGUGUAUGUGCGUUGCCGUGUAUGUGCGUGGUGUACCUGGUGGGCGGCCGACCCUGUGGGCCGCUGGGCCUCGUAGCGCCGCUGCCCUCCAGAUGACCACACCAGUCGCUCGUGCAGUGGUCACCCAACACCGUCUGACUCGCCGGAGACCCAGCGCUCCGCAGUUUUGUGUGCCGAUUGAUUCAGGGAUGUUA